AUGCUGCUGUUGCUGCAUGCUCGUUCUCAGCUUGUGCGCCGCUUCGCUGCAUCAAAUCGAUCCUUUUCAGCUCUAGUCGACUCAAAAUGGGUGCGCAACACUCAGGAGACUGGUAACACGGAGCUGCUGCUUCUUGACUGCAACCACCCAGCCUCGUAUCCCCGUGGCCACAUCCCCGACGCUCUUCCCCUCACAUUGGCAUCAUCUUUUUUCAAGGACCCGACGCCGCAGUCCACGGGCGUCGUGAGCUCACAACUAUUUGCAGACGUGGUGAAGGAGCUGAGAGUCCCCAAACACGCGACGCUCGUGUUCUAUGCCGACGAAAUGAGUCUCAAGGCCACGCGCAUGUGGUGGGUCUUCCGUCACUAUGGCUUCCCACUCGAGCAACUUAAGGUGCUGGACGGAGGUGUCAAAGAGUGGGUUUCUGACGAUAACACAGUAGAGACAGGAGAACCUGAAGCCCGGGAAACGCCCUCAGAUCUCUGGAUGCAACCUGUGGACACUAAGAAGCUUGUCGGCUUUAAAGCUGUGCAGAAAGGGAUCGCUGAUCCCUCCACGCAGUUUGUGGACGCCAGAUCCCCUGGCGAGUACUGGGGAGAGGAUGCCAACGGCAACGCACGGACUGGUCACGUCCCCGGAGCUGUGAACUUUAAUUGGAUGGAAGGCGUGGAUUUCACUCAGAACGGAAAGCGAAACCAGUGA